AUGUUUGGAGGUCAGUAUAACUUUGUUCGCUGCAUUGUCAGAGGACAGUGGUGUCACAGAACGUUAUGUUAGAGUGGGUAAGACAGAUUAGAUGGUUCCAAGAUGGCAACGAAUAAAACAUGUGCUUGGAUAGCCAAUUUAUCCCGGGCGUUCUGUGACCCCCGUCCGCGAUCAAAUCAGAUCAUGUGUUAACACAAUUAAACACAAUUCGAAUUCGCGCGCGGAUUAUGGAAAUUGGCGCGAACUACAAAAUGCAGGGAACUACAAAUUAAUAAUCAAUGAACAAGCAUGGAAGUAAAUGUCCCUUUCUCUAUUAUUUUACGUUAGUUCAGUUAUGUUUUAGAGGUCAGUAUAACUUUGUUCGCUGCAUUGUCAGAGGACAGCAGCACAACAAAACGUCAUGUAAGACAGAUUCGAUGGUUCCAAUAUGGUGACGAACAAAACAUGUGCUUGUUAAUCCUUUGUAUAUUUUAACUGAUUUUAACAUUAAAACUUACUUCUCUACGUAAACUAAAGACUCAUUCAAUAUUUGUGAACACUUUGCACCCCCCGCCCGCCCUUGUGCUGUCAAUCUUGAAUCCGGGCCUUUUUAUCAGGAAAGAAGACGAACAGCUUACAUUCCCAUACUGAUUACUGAAACCUGAGAAAGGUCCUCUCGAGAGGACCCCCAAACCCACAUGUUCACAAUUUUCCAGUUAACUGCCUCCUAGGUAGAUCCCUUUAAUUUUCUUAAUUCACUUCCUCUCCACCGACUAAUUCUUAAAGAGUCCCUGUCUUUAAUCAUGCAUUGUCCUUUAACAUUAAACUUUACACUUUCUGCCUUCUUUAAUAUAUACAUUUUCUGAAUGAUACAGUAUAUGUAUUUAUUUUACCCGUAUUUUGCGUUUUCCUUUCUAGGAAAUCCAGGCAGUAGCGACAUAUAUGUGGACACUGGGGCUGUCAUAAAAUGUCAAAGUUUGACAGUGUAUCUCAAAGAUGGCUCUAACGUAUUCCUGAAUGGCACAAUAACAUGCACUACGUCAUUUGAUAGUCUGAAUGUUCGAGUUAUAUCUGGCAAUCUGCAUGUGAGUGUGAGCGGGAUUCUAGGACAAAAGGUCUCCAAAGACAACUUAUCCGAUAAAGAUAUCAAGAAAACAAAUAAGAAGAAAAAUCAACACACGAACAGUUUCAAUGGAUAUCCGCCAAGCACGUUAGAACAGAACAGCAAGAUCGACCCAUCCUAUAAACAGGAUGCAAAGACUGACUCGUCAGAUCAACACAAUACUAAGGCCGAAACAAACAAACUGUAUUUAGAAAUGGUCGAAGGGAACUUGACAAAUUUUGGUAGAAUCUGUGCUAAAAAGUACCUGUUGUUAAUCUGCGACACCUUGAUGCUCUGUGAGGAUUCCGAGUAUGAUACAGCAUCAAGAGGGUUUCGCAGUUACACUGCAUUGCAAAAAGAAUCUGGAUUUUUGUCAAGUAUCUGCCUACAAGAAAAUCCAAAACAAAGCUCUUCGUCUUAUGAUCCUCGAUUACUUCCAACUGUGCGAAGUCUUGAUUCUAAACGUUUGAUAUCCAUUUUGAAUGAAGAAGUCGAUCCAAUGGUCGAAGUAGAUGAUUGUAGUAUCCACACUGAAUUCAAUAAUAUCUGUAGGGAAGGAAAUAGAGCAACUUACGAUAAAGAAAAAGUAGAAAAAGAAUUGAUACGUGGAAGUUUGAACACCUGGAAGUGGAAACAUGGUAUAAUUUCCUCUACAUCAAUAAAGUGUGUAGUGAAACAAGAUAUUAAUGAUUGUUCACAACUUCAGAGCAAGGAAUUAGCUUUGCAAGUCGACGGAACUGCAAGAUUGGCAAAACCGUGGACAUGGAAAUGUGGAGAAUUGUCUGGUUUUGUGAAAGGAGAUUUUCUUUUCCAUGAUAACGCUGUGCUUUCAAAAUUUAACAAAUUUUGUGUGGUUGGUAAUUUCCGAAUUUUUCGAACAUCCAGUGUUUGUGUUAAAGAAGGCGGUGAGCUAAUCAUUGGUGAGGAAUUUGAAAAUAACAGUGUUUUAAUCAGCGAUAAAAGUCUUAGUUUAACUCUUGGUUACCUGAAACAAGCAAAAGAGAGUUCUAUCAUCAGCAAUGAAGAUCUUCUUGUGGCUUUAUAUAAGAAAAUUGAGGAUAUUUGGUUUGGAUAUAUCUAUGCUGAUCAUCAUCUCUUUCUCCAGGUUCAAGAACGAGUUGUUUGUGACGCUUCAUGUGUUGCAAAAGAAGUUCAUCUGGAAUUCGUCGGAGAGCGUCCACAAUUCGUUGUCACACAAGUCCUUCUUGCUGAAGAAGGCAGCUUGAAUAUGUGGGCUGAAAAUAAACAUGAAAGCGCUAAUUUUCUCUUGUCUGGAAAACUAAAUUCUCAUGGAAUCCAAGCAGAAACAGCAAGUGUGUGUGUUCUGCCUGGUGGAGUUGCCGAGCUCACCUGUGAAUUAAAUGUCAAUGAAGUUGAUGUAAUCACAAGAUGGCUGAAUAUCAGCAAUCAAGCAGUCAUGAUAAGCAGAUCGAAAGAAAACAAAGAAUCAGAAAACAUGGAGAAUUAUAACUUAACAACCAACGUUUACUGUGAGGAAUCCCUUGUUGUUGAUGGGGCUUUGGGGGCCUUUGGUUCAGAUCUUAGCAUUUACUGCGAGGCCUUGAGAAACAACGGAGUAAUAAAACUAUCUACAAUUGAUCGUUCCUCCAGCUUACUUCACAUUGAAUGUGACAAAGAGCUUUUCAACUCUGGCACAAUUGGAUCUGAAGGAAACAUGACCAUUGAUGCGAUGAUUGUCUCUAAUGAAACUGGUGUGAUAAAGUCUUCACCAAGUCUUAGAAUUUCUACAAAUUUUCUUGGUGCAACAUCAUUGUGUGGCCAAAUCCUUGUCGACAAACAACUAUUUAUUCAUUCAAAAUCAGAAAAAGAGCUUAUGUUGAAUGUGAUUGGUGGAAAAAGCGAAGGUGAGCGGCAUUUUAUCCCUCCUGAUCAACUUGAAGUGAAAUGCAAAAAGGCUGAUUUAAAAAUCGAUUCAAGUAUCAUAUGUCCGGAAAUAAAUCAACAGCUGUCAAACGAAAACGAAGGUGAGAGUUCUAUAAUGGUUCUCAGUCUACACAAGUGUUUGAGUCUAACAAAAGAAUGUAAAUUGGAAGAUGUUCGUGUUCAAUUCAUCCAGAUUGAACAAGAGGACAACAACAAUUCAGAAGAACCCUCAAAAUUCGUAGUCCUGGAUUCAUUUAAAGUAAAAUCACUUUAUCUUUCUUCUGGAAAUGCACUGGAGUCUGAUGUGGUAAGGAAAGGCACGGUAUCGUUUGGAGGUUCAAACAGGUCAACUGUUGUUGAUACUCUUGAAGUCGAUGAAGCAAUUCAUGAAGUUAUAUUUGGAACAGAAAAUCUGUUUGUUUGCACAGAUGCAGUUCUAGAUUGUGAAAUGGCUACAAUAAAAACUGCUCUAGAGUGCUUGGAAGUUCACGCAAACAACGUGAAUGUUUAUGGACAGAUGAGAUGCAUCGGAAGAAGCUCCGAAGAAAAGAAAUGCUUGGUUAAAGUUAAGAAUACUUUCAGUUUAGACGGCAGUGUUGAAUGUGCUGGUUCUGUUGAAAUCUUCAUUGGUGAAUUAUUUGUACAAGCAGAAGAUGGAAAUAUAGCCGUAGAAGGAGACCUUCUGUUAAAAAUCGUCAACGAAAAUGGUCACCUCUCUUUGGAAGGUUCGACUAAAGGCCAAAAAGAAUCAAUUAUGAAAGUUGAAAGUGAUAACAUCAAAGUUUCAGGAUGUUUGUCAGAAAUUCAUACUCUUGGUUUAAACGCCAAAAUCGAUAUGGCGCUUUCCGAGAAGAGUAGAAUUUCAUGUGAGGAAAUUAACGUGAAAGGAGAAUGGAUUACAACUGCAGGUACGAUUGAUGAAUUCAACAAACUGAGCAUCCAACCAUGGGCAAUAAUGAACUCUGGUGUUAUUGAUUCUGACAACGACUCCUCUAACAUUUUCUUCCAGUCAGAUUUAACCUUGAUUAACAGUGGUAUUUGUCGUGCACAGAUGACGUAUCUCGAAGCACCGUUCUUAUUAAACCUUCCUGGUAAAGUAAUUUCUGAUGUGAAUGACGUCACAUGUUGCCAAUUGGUUGGCAAAGAGACGCUUAAGUUAGAAAGCAUUGCCUGUUUUCUGGGUGGUUCUUCUCUUCGCUCGUGUAAAAGAUACGAGAAUUUGAGCGUGUUGCUGUUCAAAUUUUUAACCUAUGUUGCCUGCACGCCUGAUUCGAAGAGUUUAGAGGCAUGGUCGAAAGCAGCAGAGUCCCUGAGGAACAUUCAAUCACAGAUUACUCCCGAUGCUAGUAAACAAGAUUCGACCAAAUUAAAAACCCUGAUGAAUUCGAAAGAUAUAGUUACAGGAACCGAAGUUGAUUUGAGGAUUGCGAGGAUGUACGACAUGGUUAAUGAUUUUGUUGCUGAGAUUUUGAAGAGCGGUAUCAAGUCGUUUGAUGCAACGAAACUAGUGCAUAUUCUAACAAUCGAGAGUGAACGAUACACGAAGAUCAACAUUUUAAAGGAAAAAUUACUAAGAAUUCCAGAAAAGGCAAGGGCGAUACGUGAGCUAAUAAAAAAAAGAGCAAUCAAAAUAAAGAAAUCAGUCAGAAAAAAGUUUGCAUUUUCAGAUCCUAAAAUGCAAAGUCAACAACAGGAUGGCAUCUUUGAAUCUGGAUUUUACUCGUUUGGUGAAGGUGUUACAUUUACUGACUCCCUGUAUGAAGCCGCAUUUGUUGAAGUAUUUCGCGAUGAAGGUUUCUUAUUUGCUGUGGAUUUCUUAGCUAGUUCCAAAGAUGUCGUUUUGAGUAAACGAGAAAAGAAAGCGGUAGCAAUGGUAAUAUAUUCAGAAAAGCUAAACAUGGAAAACGUUGAUGCUAUCUAUGCAGAGGUUACGGCUGAUGAAGCAAAACUUAAGAACAUGAAAAUUAAAACUCUGGAUGUGAAUGCACGUGAAUCCGUUGAAGCAGAAAAAAUUAUGAGUGAUCAACUCCGAAUACAAGGAGGCAAAGAUUUGAAAGCUACAGAGGUGUGUGCUCAGAACGCUGUCAUGACAGCCAAGAAUAUAAAGCUUAAAGGUAUCAAAUCAACGAACUUUCUAGAUGUUCAAGCAAGUAAAGCAGUUGAUGUAACAGACGUCCAAGGUUCCAAUGUUCACGUGCAAGCUAAAGAAAUCAGCGCUACAAAUGUAGGUGCAAAUACCGUUGUUUUGAAUGCGACCAAUAAUGCACGUCUUGAAGACAUUACCUUUGACAAUUUAAAUGUAAAAUCAAGUCAAACAAUCGUUGCAGAAAGCAUAACAGGAAAAAGUGUUCACAUGGAAAGCAAUAAUAUCAGUGUUUCAAAAUUAGAUGCAAAGAAUACAAGUCUCAAUGCCGCAAAUAAUGCACGUCUUGAAAACAUCCAGUCUGACAAUUUACAAGUACAAGCGACAGAAACAAUCGAUGCAGAAAACAUAAAAGGGGAAAAUGUUCGCAUGGAAAGCAGUAAUAUCAAUGUUUCAACAUUAAAUGCAAAGACUACAAGCCUCAAUGCCGCAAAUAAUGCACGUCUUGAAAACAUCCAGUCUGACAACUUACAAGUACAAGCGACAGAAACAAUCGAUGCAGAAAACAUAAAAGGGGAAAAUGUUCACAUGGAAAGCAGUAAUAUCAAUGUUUCAACCUUAAAUGCAAAGACUACAAGCCUCAAUGCCGCAAAUAAUGCACGUCUUGAAAACAUCCAGUCUGACAACUUACAAGUACAAGCGACAGAAACAAUCGAUGCAGAAAACAUAAAAGGGGAAAAUGUUCACAUGGAAAGCAGUAAUAUCAAUGUUUCAACCUUAAAUGCAAAGACUACAAGCCUCAAUGCCGCAAAUAAUGCACGUCUUGAAAACAUCCAGUCUGACAACUUAAGGCACAAGCGACAGAAACAAUCGAUGCAGAAAACAUGUGCGGGGAAAAUGUUCACAUGGAAAGCAGUAAUAUCAAUGUUUCGAACCUUACGCAAAGACUACAAGCCUUCAAUGCCAAAUAAUGCACGUCUUGAAAACAUCAGUCUGACAACCUUUACAAGUACGACAGAAACAAUCAAUGCAGAAAAACAGCGGUAUGGGGAAAAUGUUCACAUGGAAAGCAGUAAUAUCAAUGUUUCAACCUAAAUGCAAAGACAUCUACAAGCCCUCACUGCCGCAAAUAAUGCACGUCUUGAAAACAUCCAGUCUGACAACUUACAAGUACAAGCGACAGAAACAAUCGAUGCAGAAAACAUAAAAGGGGAAAAUGUUCACAUGGAAAGCAGUAAUAUCAAUCUUUCAACCUUAAAUGCAAAGAAUACAAGCCUCAAUGCCGCAAAUAAUGCACGUCUUAUAAACAUCCAGUCUGACAACUUACAAGUACAAGCGACAGAAACAAUCGAUGCAGAAAACAUAAAAGGGGAAAAUGUUCACAUGGAAAGCAGUAAUAUCAAUGUUUCAACCUUAAAUGCAAAGACGACAAGCCUCAAUGCCGCAAAUAGUGCACGUCUUAUAAACAUCCAGUCUGACAACUUACAAGUACAAGCGACAGAAACAAUCGAUGCAGAGAACAUAAAAGGGGAAGAUGUUCACAUGGAAAGCAGUAAUAUCAAUCUUUCAACCUUAAAUGCAAAGAAUACAAGCCUCAAUGCCGCAAAUAAUGCACGUCUUAUAAACAUCCAGUCUGACAACUUACAAGUACAAGCGACAGAAACAAUCAAUGCAGAAAACAUAAAAGGGGAAAAUGUUCACAUGGAAAGCAGUAAUAUCAAUCUUUCAACCUUAAAUGCAAAGAAUACAAGCCUCAAUGCCGCAAAUAGUGCACGUCUUAUAAACAUCCAGUCUGACAACUUACAAGUACAAGCGAGAGAAACAAUCGAUGCAGAAAACAUAAAAGGGGAAAAUGUUCACAUGGAAAGCAGUAAUAUCAAUGUUUCAACCUUAGAUGCAAAGAAUACAAGCCUCAAUGCCGCAAAUAAUGCACGUCUUAUAAACAUCCAGUCUGACAACUUACAAGUACAAGCGACAGAAACAAUCAAUGCAGAAAACAUAAAAGGGGAAAAUGUUCACAUGGAAAGCAGUAAUAUCAAUGUUUCAACCUUAGAUGCAAAGACUACAAGCCUCAAUGCCGCAAAUAAUGCACGUCUUGAAAACAUCCAGUCUGACAACUUACAAGUACAAGCGAGAGAAACAAUCGAUGCAGAAAACAUAAAAGGGGAAAAUGUUCACAUGGAAAGCAGUAAUAUCAAUGUUUCAACCUUAGAUGCAAAGAAUACAAGCCUCAAUGCCGCAAAUAAAGCACGUCUUCAAAACAUCCAGUCCGGGAACUUACAAGUACAAGCGAAACAAAGAAUCGAUGCAGAAAAUAUAAAGGGAAACAGUGUUCGCAUGGAAAGCAGAACGAUAAAAGCUAGCAAUGUUCGCAGCGAACUAGCAGUAUUAUCUGGUCAACAGGACGUUCAAGUUGGGGAUAUAAAGAGUAAAAUGGCAUUGAUCAAAUCAUCCCAAGGAAAGGUAAAGGUUACUGGCAAAAUUGAGUCAGAGAAUGCAAAAAUUGAAAGUCAAAAUGGUGUUAACCUAGCUUAUAACAAGAACGGGAGCUUAACUGCUGAUCAUCAGUUUAAAAGUCUACAAAUGAAGACAAACAAGAUUAAUGAAGUCAAUAAAUUGCUUAAGGGAGAUGGAAUUUAUAAAGAUUUAAAAAUUUCUGAUCAACUUGGUUUAGUUGUAUCAGAUCAGGAUGUAAUAUUUUCAAGAUGUGUUGUUCAACAAAAUUACAAACUAGAUUUAAAUGCAAGAUCCGUGAAUAUUGACAAUGCUUCGUUAAAUUGGAGCAAAGGAGCCUCGAUUACGUCAGAUAAAACAAUGAAAGUAAAUGACUCAUCAAUUACAUCACAAAAGUCCAUUUCGCUUGAAUCAAAGUCAGGAAAUGUCAACAUGAAUUUGUCUGAAGUUAAAGCUGGUGAAAUUGCAAAGAUUGAAGCAAGAAAAGGUUCAGUAUCACUGAGCGGUACUUCAAUUUCUGGUGAUCAGGCAGCAAUUGUUAAAGCCAAAGGAGAUGUAAUUAUUAAUCCUGUGGUAAAAUGUCAUUCAAAUUCUUCCAGCUGUAGCGGAUUCUUUAGUUCUUCCAGUCAGUCAUCUUCUCAUUCAACUGUCACAAAAUCAGGCAUCUCAUCAUCCAAAGGAAUAGUUGCAGUUGAAGCACAAGAAGGCAAAGUUCAAGCUACAGCAACAGAAUUUACUGCAGAGAAAGGAGUUUAUGUUUCGGCCGAGAAAGAUAUUAUAUUCCAAGAUAAAAUUACCAGCCGUGAAGAAGUAAGUGUCAAAAAGAACUGGUUUCGAACAAAGAGAAGCGUACAUAAAACUGAAGAAAGCCAUAAAUCAUUGAUAAAUUCUCGAGGUCCUGUUUGUAUGGAAUCAAAAGGAAAUAUCCACAUUACUGCAACCGAUAAUACUGUUAAAGCUGAUAUGUUUCUUGAAGCUGCAGGAACUGUCUUGAUCCAGGACAGAAUAUUAUCAAAGUCAGAAGAGAGACAUACGAGUGGAUUCUCUUUUUCCCCAGGAAAAGGGUUAUCGUGUGGAGAGUCAAAUAAACAACGUCAUCAACAACAGCUAGCCGGUUCAAAGCUACAAGUUGGAGGAAAUCUCGUUAUGAAGGGCAAAAACGUUUUUGCUAAAAACGCAAUGGAAAUGGACACCAAAAAUUUGGUUGUCAAUGCAGAAAAUGUUAAAUUCGAAGGAGCUGAAUUGAACAACUCAUAUUCAGAAAGAAGUUCCUCGCUAAACUUUGGUAUAAUGUCCGUCGAUAUUACAGAAGAGAAAGGAUGGGAAAAAGAGAAAAAAAUUAUCAAUCAGAACAUAAAUGUGCUUGGCCAAAUAAAUUUCAUUAACUGUAAAAACGUUACAUUGGCAGCUAGUAACUUGGAUACUGGAGCAAUCUCCGGAUAUGUUGAAAAUCUUAAUGUAAUUUCUAAGCAGACGGAAGUUGAAGCUAAAAAGCAAACAGAAACUCUCGGCUUUGUUGUAAAAGGGUGCCUACCAGUUCCCAGCAAAUAUGGUGCGAGUAAAAGUUGUGACAAGAGGAAAUUUGUUGAAAAGUCAAGUGGGAUUCACGUUCGUAGAUCUAUUAAUAACGAAUUUAAAGUUGGUACCGUGUAUUUGAAAGGCUCAGCUGUAACAGCAAACGGUGACAUUGCUAAGUUUGCCGAAAAUGUAAUAUCGGAAAAAAUAACCAGUUAUCGAUCUCAGACGACGUCGGGGUUUAAUUUUGGCAUUAGUAAGACGAGUGUUGAGUUUGGAAUUCAUCAAAGCGAGAAAUUCAUGGAAAUGGAGCAUAAUGCAACAAUUGGGUCCAUUUCUGGAACUGUUGCCAAUGAAGUAAAACAAUCUGUAAACACAGAUCUUUCUAAACAUAGCCAAAUAACACAAAUGCGUAAUUCUAAUUUAGGAUUUAAUGUUAAAGCAGGAAAAGACGGUUGUGCAGCAUCUCUGCAAGUUGGUGAUAUCGGUGUUGGAUUUUCCGCUUCAAAACACAAAAUUGGAGUUCAUGGUCAAGUUGGUGAUAAAGGAUUUAGUGCUUCUGCUGGAUUAUCUGGUGCUUCAUUAUCUUUGCAAAAUGGGAAAAACAGUAUAGGAGUUGGUUUAACAAAUCAAGGCGUUGACAUGAACAUUCGCUCAGGGGAUACUGCAAUCGGAGCAUCGCUUGGAAAAAAUGCUAUAUCUGCCACAGUCCAGUCUAAAGACGUCUCUCUCGGAGCCUCUACCAGCAACGGAUCAUUUGCAUUGAAAUGUGGAGAGUACGGAUUUGGGCUUGAAAAAUCAAAGGAAACAUCAGCAGCAAAAUCAAAAUACUCCGCGAACAUAAAAGCGCGAAAUAUCGAAAUUGAGGCUUCGUCUUCAAAAUGCCAGAAAACGUUUGGAUUGACAGCUGGAGAAUAUCAAACUAAAUUCAACAAAGAAAAGGAUGCAAAGACAGGAAAGCCAAAAUAUGAUGGAAAUCUAAAAGUUGGUGAUGUUAAAGUUGAAGCUUCGUCUUCGAAAGACAAGACCUCUUUUGGACUGGAAACUUCAGAAUUUCAAACCGACCUAAAGAAAGAAAAAGAUUCAAAAACAGGAAAGUCAAAAUAUGAUGGAAAUCUAAAACGUGGUGAUGUUAAAUUUGAAGCUUCGUCUUCGAAAGACAAGACAUCUUUUGGGCUGGAAAGUCCAGAAUUUGAAAUCGUACUAAAGAAAGAAAAAGAUUCAAAAACAGGAAAGUCAAAAUAUGAUGGAAAUCUAAAACGUGGUGAUGUUAAAUUUGAAGCUUCGUCUUCGAAAGACAAGACAUCUUUUGGGCUGGAAAGUCCAGAAUUUGAAAUCGUACUAAAGAAAGAAAAAGAUUUAAAAACAGGAAAGUCAAAAUAUGAUGGAAAUCUAAAACGUGGUGAUGUUAAAUUUGAAGCUUCGUCUUCGAAAGACAAGACAUCUUUUGGGCUGGAAAGUCCAGAAUUUGAAAUCGUACUAAAGAAAGAAAAAGAUUCAAAAACAGGAAAGUCAAAAUAUGAUGGAAAUCUAAAACGUGGUGAUGUUAAAGUUGAAGCUUCGUCUUCGAAAGACAAGACCUCUUUUGGACUGGAAACUUCAGAAUUUCAAACCGACCUAAAGAAAGAAAAAGAUUCAAAAACAGGAAAGUCAAAAUAUGAUGGAAAUCUAAAACGUGGUGAUGUUAAAGUUGAAGCUUCGUCCUCGAAAGACAAGACCUCUUUUGGACUGGAAACUUCAGAAUUUCAAACCGACCUAAAGAAAGAAAAAGAUUCAAAAACAGGAAAGUCAAAAUAUGAUGGAAAUCUAAAACGUGGUGAUGUUAAAGUUGAAGCUUCGUCUUCGAAAGACAAGAAACCUUUUGUACUGGAAAUGCCAGAAAUUCAAACUGAAAUGAACAAAAUCAAAGAAACUACUUCAACAUAUCUAGAAACGAAGGGCGAUGGAAUUGCAUGUACAUCUGUGCAAAGUUUGGAAUGA